CGGCCGGGAGGCUCGGGGCAGCCCCGCGGUGCCGACCAUGGAGCCGCCGCCGCCGCCGCAGCCGCCUCAGGAGCAGCCGCCGCGCCCUCGGUCCCACACGGUGACCACCACCAGCAGCUCCUUCACCGCCAACCUGUCCGCCAGCUCCAGCACCCUCGCCUACGACAGGGAGUUCCUGCGUACCCUGCCCGGGCUCCUCAUGGUGGCCGAGAUCGUAUUAGGGCUGCUGGUGUGGACGCUGAUUGCUGGAACAGAAUAUUUUUUAUAUCCAGCCUUUGGCUGGGUGAUGUUUGUGGCUGUGUUUUACUGGGUUCUCACUGUCUUCUUUCUGAUCAUCUACAUGACCAUGACCUACACCAGGAUCCCACAGGUGCCAUGGACCACAGUGGGUCUGUGUUUUAAUGGGAGUGCCUUCAUUUUGUACCUUAUUGCUGCCAUUGUAGAUGCAUCUUCAGUUACCAAAGAACUGGACAGUCACAAUUACAACAGUUGGGCAACUUCUUCAUUCUUUGCCUUCGUGGUUACCUCCUGCUAUGCUGGAAAUACGUAUUUUAGCUUUAUAUCUUGGCAAUCAAGAACUUUGCAGUAAAUAUUUUGUUAAAGUGAAUUCUAUAGUAUGAACUACCUUGAGGAUUAUACUCUUGAUGAAAGCUUGGAAGAGGGAUCGGAUCUUUUCAAACGUGUCUGUUAGAACUGGCAAUAUAUUUUAACUGAGAUUAAAAUGGGUAUUUAUAAUACAAUAUCAUAUUUAGUGACACCUAACAUUGACUUUGUACUGUAUAAUAAAAUUUUAUACUGCUUCUUUUAAAAUUAACAUGGUAUUUUUCUAGACAUUGUGUAGAUCUUAUGACUAAACCUUUAAUAAACUUUGCUGAAAUGAUGUGCCAAUUUUGUAAAUGUAACUUCUUAAAUGUGACAGUUGUAUUUUGAUACUGAAUGCUACGAAUCAAAACUAAGAUUGAUAUUGUCUAGUUAUUAUGAAUAAAAAGUGACAUUGUGCAGAAGAAAAACCCUAAAAGCUUUAAAAAUAAAUAAAUAAUUGACCCAACUUUGCAUGUUUUGUAACCUGGGAGUACAGGUUUGCUUUUUUAUCUCUUUUUCGGAGGAAAGUAUAUGCUACUUAGAAUUUUGAUGGUGCUGUCAGUUUACAUAUUUUAAUAGCCUCUUUUAGUCAUGAGAUUGGUUCUGGAACCUAUUAAUGUAUGUCUGAAGCUUGCUUGAAGGAGUGGUGCGUCUGAAACACAUUAUCUUAACAGGUUUCUCAAAUCCAGCAGGCUCCAAGGCAUAAGUCUAGACAACAGGCCUGUAAUGCUCAGUGUUUAACCUACAGAACACCUACUAAAGGUAUAAUUUUUGUUUCUCUGAGAACUGUUUCUUUUUUCAUUCUCUCUUUUUUCUUUUUUUUUCUCCUCAGAUUAGGCCAGUAAUCUGUCCUAAAUAAAAUCUGGGUAUCAAAAUCUUAUUAAAUGAUACAAAGAUUAAGUCCAUAGAAGAAUUGUCAAGACACUAGUGAAUUUUCUCCCUCCUUCCCUCUUUAUUGGCAUCAUUUGUGUUGUUAGUUUAACAAAUGAAGUUUUUAAUUUGACUCACAUUUAAAUAACUUUGAGUCAAACAGAAGUAUGAUGGAAGAUUAUGACUUUCAAGACAAAUACCUUUGAAAAUGACUUUCAAAUAGAAAUUACCUAAGGAAUGUUUUCCAGGAAUUAUGUGAAGAGUAAGAUUGUGAUUAUUUUGUGAUAUUAUUUCAAGUUUCAUUUAAAACUACUGAUAAAUCCCUUAUUCCUGCAUUAAGAGGAUUUGGCCUCUUCCAGUCUUCAAAGACAUUGUUGAACUAAUGUAUUUGGUAGUAGAGAAAUCUUGCUGCUUCAAAGAAGCAUUUCUCCCUGUGAGUAAAUGGUGUGUGCUUACUUACGUGCAUGUCCUGCAGCUAGGGAGAUUUAUCAGCAGCCAGCUAAUUCUAUUCUCAAUCCCCUUGGUUUGUUCUUGAUUAUC